GGUGGCACUGAUUGGCAUUGAUAGGUGGCACUGACUGGCACUGAUGGGUGACAUUGAAAGGAAGCUCAGAUGGGCACUGAUAUGUGGCAUUGAUGUGCACUGGUUUGCACUGAUAUGUGGCAUUGAUGUGGCAGUGAUGGGCACUGGCACGUGGCACUGAUGAGCACUGACUGCUGGCACUGAUGGACACUGACAGGUGGCACUUCUGGGGCCACACUGAUCAUCAGGGCACACUGAUCAUCACUGUUAGCGUGACCGCUCGAGAGGAGAG